UGCACAUCGUGGAAAAACACUCAACGGCAUGGCUUCGGAGAGAGUUAAGUUUUACGAGUAAGCGAUUUUAUGUACAGUUCAGGGACGUGCUUCAGUAAUGCUCGUGUGCUGGCCGAAAGGUGAGCUUAGUCUGGGGGAGACAUUUCUUACUGUCUGAAGUUGUUUGGCAACUCAAGUAACGGACAUCUGACAAGCCAGCGUGGCUUUACACACCUCACCACGAAAAAUAUAAGGAGGUGAGGAUACAUGAGAUAGGUGAUCAUAAUGUCUAAGGUGGAGAAACAGAAAAAACAGUUUCCCGCUAAAGCACGUAAGCGGAAACCUAAUAAGAAAAACGGCAUAUUAAAAAAGAACGAGAGGCAGUGGUUUUACUCAGCUCCUGCAAACAAGGAGCAAGAAAAGCCUACAGCUCCACAAACUGCUCCUCCAAAAGACUCCCAGCAGUUCUCUGCCAACUGGAAAGCACUUCAAGAGGUGUUGAAGGCCAGUCAGUCAGAGAAGAAGCAGCCAGUGGCACCGAAACAUCAGAACGGCUUCUUGCCAAAGAAGGUCCAAGAAAAUACUUCUAAAAUAAUUUCUAAGAACAAUGCUGGACCAAGCCAGAGAGACACUGAGAAAAAAGCGGAUCACAAAACUGUGCCUAAGAGUUUUGUCUCCGGUAAGACUGGGGUCAACUCAAAGGUGUUGGAUGUCUCGAAGACUAAACAUGCUACUGCUCCAAAAAGAGAGCGGGAUAGCGGGAAGCCAAACAGCCUACAGGCAGCUAAGAAGAAGAAGCUUGAAUCCGAGGAGACAAAGCCCACAGAAGAGGACCUUUGGUUUGAUGACGUGGACCCGGAUGACAUUGAGGCGACAAUGGGAGCAGAAGCAGCCGAGAUCAUGAGGAAGAAGCAGGGCAAGGCCAAGGGUACGGAUGGUGCCUCGGCUAAGGACACGGAGAAGAGCCUGGUUAAGGAGAAUGCUUUUGAAGGCCUCACUAAAGCGGUGGCCAUUGACUGUGAGAUGGUGGGAGUUGGUCCUGAUGGAGAGGACAGCAUCUUGGCACGUGUGUCAAUUGUGAACCAGUUUGGGAAGUGCAUCUAUGACAAAUAUGUGAAGCCCACAGAGAAGGUAACAGACUACAGGACAGCUGUCAGCGGCAUCCGGCCAGAGGACAUCAAAGAUGGAGCGGAUGUACAGAUUGUACAGAGGGAGGUUGCUAACAUCCUGGAAGGGAGACUAGUGGUUGGACACGCCAUACACAAUGAUCUAAAGAUUCUGCUCUUGGAUCAUCCAAAAAAGAAAAUCAGAGAUACUCAGAAAUAUAAACCCUUCAAGACGAUCGCAAAGAGCGGUCGACCCUCGCUCAAGCUCCUUUGUAGAAAAAUCCUCGAUGUGAAUGUCCAAGAGGGCGAACAUUCAUCUGUCCAAGACGCACAGGCCACCAUGAGGCUGUACACAAUGGUGAAAAAGCAGUGGGAGGCAGAGAUUAAAGCGAGCAGGAAAAACAAAUUCUUGGAUAAGAGGAGUGAGAGAAAGGCCAAGCUUCCCAAAGACAAGAACCACUGAGGAUUAUAAAGUCAAAACGAGCAAGCAAGAGGACAGAUGAUCUCCCGAUGAGAGCAGAGCUGACUGAAGUGAUCAGAGGAUUCUUUUAAGAAGAAAAAACAACUAUGUAUUUUUGUUUAUUUUAAUGUGAGGGAUGUUGAACCUGUGAUUGUAUAAAAGCGUGACUUGCUGAGCUUUUGUGAGAUCUGGCGCAACAAAAAGCGUGUUAAAUGCUUUCGCAGAUAGUGACCGGUUUCAUCAGCCUAAGUCGCUCGGGGAGAUCGUUGCAGGUUGUGAAAGACUUUAUCGAGUUGCAAAUCAAGAAGUUUUGUUCCUCAGUGUGCCAGACUGACUCAUGCAGGGAUUAGAACAGAGUCUUUAUAUACAGUUUGUAAAAAUGUCUGUUUUUAAAGUAUAAAUAAAACAAAAGAUGUAAUUCGU